AUGCCCCCAGCUAUGGACUUCAUCUACAAGUCCAUGCAAGCUAAUAGGACGGAUCGGGACCUCGAAUUCUGGAUGAGAUCGAUGAGAACCGCCAAAGGGGCGCCUCUGGCGGAUGAAAACAAAACAGCGGAGCUGGAUGCUGGGGUUUCCUCCCGGAUCAUACUUACUCGAGACCCGGAGAACAUCAAAGCUAUACUCACUGGCCAGUUCUCCGAUUAUGGCAAGGGCGAAUCGUUUCACCGCGAUUGGCGCGAGUUCCUGGGAGACAGCAUCUUCGUGACCGAUGGCGAGCAGUGGUCUGCCUCGCGGCACCUUAUUCGGCCUAUGUUCGUACGAGAUCGCCUUGUGGAUACGGAGAUAUUCGAGAAACACGUUCAACAUCUGAUUCCUCUACUGGCUGGGGAGAAUGGAAACAAGGUUGUCGAUGUCACCUCUCUAUUUUUCCGCUACACCUUGGACGCUGCCACCAACUACCUCCUCGGCGAUGGAACAGACAGCUUGCAGAACCCGGAAACAGAAUUCGCAGAGGCUUUCCGCUAUGUGCAGCGCCGUCAGGCACAAUUUUUCCGGCUGGGUGUAUUCAAGUUCAUGCUCUCACGCACGGAGUUCCGUCGCCAACUCAAAGUCAUGGACGACUUCAUAAAACCCUACAUCGACCGCGUCAUCGCCAUGUCGCCCGCCGAGUUAGAUCAGAAGCACUCCAAGAGCGACACCUUCCUCCACGCGCUUGCGCGCUUCACCAAAGACCGCCGCAUCCUCCGCGAUCAACUGGUCGCCGUGCUCCUCGCUGGCCGCGACACAACAGCCGCAACCCUCUCCUUCUGCCUCUUCGAACUAGCCCGCAACCCUGAAAUCACAGCUAAACUCCGCGAAGAGAUCGCCUCUCGCCUAGGCGUCGGCGCCUCCGCUCAAAAGCCCUCUUACGCAGACCUCAAGGAAAUGAAGUACCUUAACGCCGUCCUCAACGAAUCAAUGCGCCUCUACCCAGUCGUCCCAUUCAACGUCCGCUUCUCCUUGAAGGACACAACUCUCCCUCGCGGUGGCGGACCGGACGGCCUCUCCCCCGUCGCCGUCAAAGCCGGCUCCCGCAUCGUCUACUCUACAAUGAUCAUGCAGCGCAGCCCGGAAAACUACGACCCCCCCUCUGCACCGAACUACUUCGACCCGGCGCAGUGGAAACCAGAGCGCUGGGUCUCCGGGUGGCAGCCGAAACCGUGGCAGUUUAUCCCGUUUAACGGCGGUCCAAGGAUCUGCAUUGGGCAGCAGUUUGCGAUGAUUGAGAUGGGAUAUACGGUUGUGAGGAUCUUGCAGGCUUUCGAGUCUGUUCGGGCUGUGCCGGAGAUCGGGAAGAGUGUUGUUGAGGACCCGAGGCUGAGGUUUGAGGUUACGCUUACGCCGGCUUCGGAGUUGAAUUGUGUUUUUGUGAGGGAUGGAGAGGGUGCGGAGCAUGAGAAGGUAGUUGUUUCAUAA